AUGUCACGACUUUCUAGCUAUCACAUCAUGAUAAUCUCAAGGUACUUUGCCACUAUCAAAGACUUUGUUAACUUGGAAUUAGUAUGCAAAAAGUUUGGUGGUAAUAUGGAAAAGUUCCAUUUCAAUCCGAUUCUGUUGGAUUUUAAAACACUUAGAUACUUCCCAAACAUUGAGACACUUCAUUUAUGGAAUGAAGAAGAUAAGAAUUUUGGUUAUGGAUUUCUGAUCAACACAAAAAACGAAGAAAAUGAAAAUGAUGAAAAUGAUGAAAAUGAUGAAAAUGAUGAAAAUGAUGAAAAUGAUGAAAAUGAUGAAAAUGAUGAAAAUGAUGAAAAUGAUGAAAAUAAAGAAGAUAAAGAAGAUGAUAAAGCUGUUUUCAAGAAAGAGUUCUUUCGAAUCAUUGUGUGGUUCAAUGUUGACUUUGAAACUGUUGACAAAUACAAUAAUGGAAAUAUAGAGUUUAAAAAUGUUACUUACACUGAACAUGAUAGAAAUUUAUUUGGUAAUAACAUACCAUUGAGUGUUAAAUCUAUUGCCGAUGAUUGUUACUGUGGAUGCAGACGUCUGACUAGUUUUAACAUACCAUCAAAUGUUGAAAAAAUUGGUGAUUGUUGUUUUUAUGAAUGCAGUAAUUUGAGCAGUAUAAUUAUACCACCAAGUGUUACAUCUAUUGGUGUGAGUUGUUUCGGUGGAUGCAGUAGUCUAUGCAGUGUUAACAUACCAUCAAGUGUUGAAUCAAUAAGUGGUUAUUGUUUUGGUAGAUGUAGUAGUCUCAGCAGUAUAAUUAUACCACCGAGUGUUACAUCAAUUGGUGAUAGUUGUUUCCAAUAUUGCGGCAGUCUAAGCAGUAUCACAAUACCAUCAAGUGUGAAAUCAAUUGGUAAUCAAUGUUUCCCAUCGAGUACAGUAGUUCAUCGAGAUUAA